UAUCUCAAACUAUGUCUGGGAGAAGGUCGAGGCAGUCAUCAGAAGGAGGCACCUCCAGGAUUUCAGAUGAUCAGAUCAUACAACUCGUCUCCAAAUUGCAGCAACUUCUUCCUGAAAUUCGUAAUCGUCGCUCCAACAAGGCAUCAGCACCUAAGGUGCUCCAAGAAACAUGCAACUAUAUUAGGAAUUUGCAUAAAGAGGUGGCUGAUCUCAGUGAUCGACUUUCUCAGUUAUUGUCAACCAUUGAUGCUGAUAGUCCAGAAGCUGCAAUUAUUCGUAGUUUAAUUAUGUAAUUUUCAAUCAUUUAUUUAUAUAUAAUUACUAUAUUAUAUAUAUUUGGGUGCACUAAUCAAUCUCCUAUAUACUUAGUUCUGUAUUUCUUCUUUAUUUGAUAUCUAGAUUUUGGUCGAUAUUAAUUAGCUAGGCCAAUCUCAUAAUUAAUGGUGUGCUUGUAUUGAUGUUUACCAAUUUUAAUUAUGGAAUUUGCUCAACACUGUCAUUCC